AAUUAUUUAAUUCAAUUUGAUUUUAUCUUUUUCUCUUAUGAGUUAUUAUGAGUGUGUCCAAACCAAAAUAAUCUGGAGUGGUGACCAAACAGGUCUUUAUCGGUCCUUUGACAGAUACUAACCCCAAAACAAGACUCUAGUGCAAAGACCGUCACCUAACUUGCUUCACAUUCAAACAAUCUUUCUUACGGCAUUAAAAGUCACCAUUUUUGAAGUUUAUAAGUCACCAUUGUCAAUGUCACUUAUUAAUUUUUUUUUUUGGGAAGGGAACGUCACUUAUUCAUGGAAGUUCAACAUGGAAGACUUUAAUCAGGCCGAUGGAAGACUUGUAUUUUGUGUAUAAAUAUCUCCCAUGGCAUUAUAACAACAAGUCUCUUAGUCUAAUACGUAACUUUCUUUGUGUCCAAAUUUCCAAAAUGUUUCAGAAGAUGAAGCCCUUACCAUUGUUGUGUGUUCGUCUGUUCUUCUAUGUGUUUGUAAUAGCCACAUCACCUCAUGCCACAACAAAAAUCCAAGGCAGCGAAGUAGAUGUUCUAUUGAAGUGGAAAGCAAGCUUUGACAACCAUAGUAGGGCAUUGCUCUCUUCAUGGAUCGGUAACGAUCCUUGUAGUAGUUGGGAAGGAAUCACAUGUUGUGAUGACUCAAAAUCUAUCUGCAAGUUAAAUCUCACCAAUAUUGGCCUAAAAGGUAUGCUUCAAAGUCUCAAUUUCUCAUCACUUCCAAAAAUCCGCAUCUUAGUUUUAAAAAACAAUUCCUUUUACGGAGUUGUUCCUCACCAUAUUGGGGUGAUGUCAAAUCUGGAAACUCUUGAUUUAUCACUUAAUAGACUCUCUGGUAACAUUCCCAGUGAAGUUGGAAAGCUCAAUUCCCUUACCACAAUCCAAUUGUCAGGAAACAACCUCUCUGGGCCAAUCCCAUCAUCCAUUGGUAAUUUGAUCAAAUUGACUUCUAUUCUUCUUGAUGAUAAUAAACUCUGCGGACAUAUUCCUUCCACUAUUGGAAAUUUGACAAAACUCACUAAGUUAUCUCUUAUUUCAAAUGCUCUCACUGGAAAUAUUCCAACUGAAAUGAAUAGGCUUACUAAUUUUGAAAUUCUCCAGUUAUGCAAUAAUAAUUUCACAGGUCAUUUACCUCACAAUAUAUGUGUUAGUGGAAAGUUAACUCGUUUCUCCACUAGUAAUAACCAGUUCAUUGGUCUAGUUCCAAAGAGUUUAAAAAAUUGCUCAAGCCUUAAGAGAGUGAGACUUCAACAAAACCAACUGACUGCAAAUAUAACAGAUAGCUUUGGUGUGUAUCCGAAUUUGGAAUAUAUGGAAUUGAGUGAUAAUAAUUUUUAUGGUCAUCUCUCUCCAAAUUGGGGAAAGUGCAAGAAUCUCACAAGCCUUAAAGUUUUCAAUAAUAAUAUAUCAGGAAGCAUACCACCCGAAUUGGCCGAAGCAACCAAUUUAACUAUACUGGACCUUUCCUCGAAUCAACUCACAGGAGAAAUUCCAAAGGAGCUAGGAAACUUAUCCUCAUUGAUCCAGCUCUUGAUAAGUAGCAAUCAUCUUGUAGGAGAAGUUCCUGAACAAAUUGCAUUAUUGCAUAAAAUAACUAUCUUGGAGCUUGCAACAAAUAAUUUCAGUGGCUUCAUCCCAGAACAACUUGGAAGAUUACCUAAUUUAUUGGACUUGAAUUUGAGCCAAAAUAAGUUUGAAGGAGACAUUCCUGCUGAGUUUGGACAAUUGAAAAUUAUUGAAAAUCUUGAUCUUAGCGAGAAUGUUUUGAAUGGAACCAUACCAACAAUGCUUGGAGAGUUAAAUCGCUUAGAAACAUUGAAUCUCUCACAUAAUAAUUUUUCUGGUACCAUUCCCUUGACCUAUGGUGAGAUGUCAAGCUUAACAACUAUUGAUAUAUCAUACAACCAAUUUGAAGGUCCAAUUCCAAACAUUCCAGCCUUCAAAAAUGCUCCAAUUGAAGCAUUAAGAAAUAACAAAGGCUUGUGUGGUAACUCUGGCUUAGAGCCUUGCUCAACAUUAGGUGGUAACUUUCAUAGUCAUAAGACUAAACACAUUUUGGUGGUUGUUUUACCCAUCACUCUAGGCACUCUAUUGUCAGCAUUAUUUCUUUAUGGCCUCUCAUGCCUUUUAUGUCGAACUUCAAGCACAAAAGAAUACAAGACUGCAGGAGAAUUUCAAACUGAAAAUCUAUUUGCAAUAUGGAGCUUUGAUGGAAAAUUGGUGUAUGAGAACAUUGUUGAAGCAACUGAAGAGUUUGACAACAAGCAUCUCAUUGGGAUAGGAGGACACGGAAGUGUUUACAAAGCAGAGUUCCCCACAGGACAAGUUGUAGCGGUGAAGAAACUCCAUUCAUUACAAAAUGGAGAGACGUCCAAUCUGAAAGCUUUCGCAAGUGAGAUCCAAGCUUUAACUGAAAUCCGGCAUCGAAACAUUGUGAAGUUAUACGGGUAUUGUUCACAUCCAUUGCACUCAUUUUUGGUUUAUGAGUUCUUGGAGAAAGGCAGUGUGGACAAGAUUUUGAAAGACAAUGACCAAGCAAUUAAGUUGAAUUGGAAUAGGAGGGUAAAUGCCAUUAAAGGUGUAGCUAAUGCUUUAUGCUAUAUGCAUCACAAUUGCUCACCUUCAAUUGUUCAUCGUGAUAUAUCCAGCAAGAAUGUUGUUUUGGAUUUGGAAUAUGUGGCUCAUGUCUCAGACUUCGGAACAGCCAAGUUUCUUAAUCCCGAUUCUUCCAAUUGGACCUGUUUUGUAGGAACCUUUGGAUAUGCUGCUCCAGAACUUGCAUACACAAUGGAAGUAAAUGAGAAGUGUGAUGUGUAUAGUUUUGGGAUAUUAACCUUGGAAAUACUUUUUGGAAAGCAUCCUGGAGACAUUGUAUCAACUGCUUUGCAUUCAAGUGGUAUAUAUGUAACAGUCGACGCUAUGUCAUUGAUUGAUAAGUUGGAUCAACGCCUCCCGCAUCCUACUAAAGAUAUCAAGAAUGAGGUGUUAUCAAUUUUAAGGAUUGCAAUUCAUUGCUUAAGUGAGAGAACACAUGAUCGCCCUACAAUGGGGCAAGUUUGCAAGGAGAUUGUAAUGUCAAAGUCAUCUUAAGAUAUAGGAAAUGGGUGGUUUUAUCUAAUGAUUUAGAGGAUUUUCCAUCCCUUUUUCUAUUACAUGAUAAGUGUUUUAUCUUGAGAAUAAAAUUAUAGUUAAGUGUCAAUGUAUUGCUCUGUUGGGUGUAGCUUUGUUGUAUGAGUUGGUGUACUCAUUUUAGCUUCUAUAAAAAUAAGACCACCAUUUUUCUGUUUUGUAA